AUGAUGGAUUUACGAUCCAGGGUGCAGGAGUUUAUCUUGAUAGAACAAGAUGAUCAGACUAAAAAAGAAAGGGAAGACUGGCGAAAGGGCAUUCAACAAGGCACUGCACCAUCUGAGAAGACAAAAGCAAGUUUCACUGGCGAUCGUGUAAUUGUUAGAGGCUAUGUGGAAAUUCCAACUGUUUUUGGCGAGGGAGAAUUUGUCAAAAAGUUUCAAGUCAAGUACCUCGUUCUUACUUGUCGAGCAAAUUAUAAUGCAUUGCUCGGCUGUGAUACACUCAACAAGUUAUGUGCGGUAAUCUCUACUGCUCAUUUAACCAUUAAGUGUCCGGCGUGCAAUGACAAAAUUGGAGGAUUGCGUGUAGAUCAAGAUGCGGCGAGGGAAUGUUACCUAAAAAUUGUGGCUCUCUGUGGUAGGAAGGCCGCCAAGGAAAGCCAUAGAAUUACUGAGAUCUUUCCACAUGAGGGUUUUAACUUGGACCCUAGAGAUGACUCAGAAGAUCUCCGCCCUCAACCUAUUGAAGAAAUGAAACCUACAAAAGUGAAGGACAAGGACGUUCCGGGAAUUGACCCAAAUGAUAUUUCACAUAAACUGGCCAUUCGACCAGGGGCAAAGCCUGUUGUUCAGGCGAGGAGGCGUAUGGGCGAGGAAAAGGACAAAGCGGUGCAAAUUGAAACACAAAAACUGAUUGAAGCUAAUUUCAUUCGAGAAGUGCAAUACCCGACUUGGCUGGUAAAAGUGGUUAUGGUUCGAAAGGCCAAUGGAAAGUGGAGAAUGUGUACAGAUUACACAAGUUUAAACAAGGUGUGCCCAAAGGAUUCCUACCCACUUCCAAAUGUGGACAAAUUGGUAGAUGGAGCCUCAGAAAAUGAGCUUUUGAGCCUCAUGGAUGCCUAUUCUGGUUACAACCAAAUCAUGAUGCACCCCCUAUAUGAGGAAAGUACAGCGUUCAUGACAAAUCAGGCUAACUAUUGUUAUAGGACAAUGUCAUUUGGUUUGAAAAAUGCAGGGGCAACUUACCAACGCCUAAUGGACAAAAUUUUUGCAAAGUAA